UCUGGCUCUUCAACAAGGAUGUUGCUGUUCUGUUUGUCAGUGAUAAUCAAGCUGUUCUUCCAGCUGGAUGCAUCUUUUUGUCCUGGGAAAUGUGACUGCUCUUCAAAAAAUGCAAUUUAUUGCUCUGGUCCCCACAUAAAAGACUUGGAAUUGUUAAAUCUGCCUUGCAACAUGACAGAAAUUCACAUAACAGACACUAAUAUAAUAUAUUUGCAGGAUGUUUUUUCUAGGAUGACAGAACUGCAGCAUCUUAUCUUGUCUUCAAACAACAUCUCUCUGAUUUCACCAACAGCUUUUAAAGGCUUGAGAAUGCUAAAAGCCCUUAAGCUUUUAGCUAAUAAACUCGUUGAACUUCCUCCAGAGGUGUUUGAUGAUCUGGUACAGCUUCAGCAACUGAUAAUUGAAAAUAACAGGUUAAAAUCCAUAGAAGAAAACCUGUUUGACAAACUAGCUAGUUUGGAGGAGCUUUUCUUGAACAAAAACCAGCUUACAGCACUUCCUAGUGGCAUGCUGAAGAAACUUGCCAAACUCAAAGUACUGAACUUGUCAAGAAAUUGUUUGGCAGCGCUGCCUGGAAACAUAUUUAGUGCAUUAACCAGACUUGAGAAGCUGAUGCUGUAUUUUAACAGGCUGUCUUCAAUAGAGUCUGGUAUGUUUGAUGGCCUGAAAGAGCUGCUGGAACUCUUCCUGCAUUCCAAUAACAUCCAGUCCAUCGCCCCUGAUGCAUUUCAUUGUCUUCAUAAACUGAGAACCCUAACUCUUUCCAGAAACAAGCUUGAGGUUUUGCCUCUGGGGCUCUUUCUGCACUUGCAUGACCUGUCUAAAUUGACCUUGUACAGUAACCCACUGAAGUCUCUUCCAGAAGUAUUGUUUGGAGAAAUGAGGCAUCUUGGUAGUCUGUGGCUUUAUCACACAAAACUCUCAACAAUACCAGAUUUUGUGUUCAGUAACUUGACAAGUUUAGAGCUUCUUGUGUUAAGUUUUAAUCCAGAGCUUAGUGUUCUCCCUCAAAAUGUAUUCAGUGGCCUGAAUGCACUGCGGGGCCUUUCUCUUCAUACAAAUAAUAUUUCCAGUCUGCCAGAGGGCAUCUUCCUGAGCCUUCAGAAACUGCAGAACAUUUCCCUUUUUGAUUCGAAGCUUGAAGCUCUUCCUAGAAAUCUCUUCCAUAAUCUCAAGCACCUUCAGAAAGUUUACCUCAAUAGUACUAAGCUACAGUUUCUUCCCGGAGAUUUUUUUACUGAUUUACCUGAGCUGCAAGAAGUCUUCCUUGACAACAACCCUUGGAAAUGCAAUUGCCAAAUUCUUGGCUUCAAAGAGUGGCUCCAAAAGAACGUGGAAAUAGUUAAAAAUACAGCAUCACUCAUGUGUGACAGCCCACUGGCACUGCAGAAUAUUUCUCUGGUGGCUCUAACAGAUGAUCACCUGAAGUGUUUGCCAACCACAGCCAUUACCUACCAGAUGCUCAGCUCAACUUAUUCCCACAGUUUAACUUCUCUUGUGACGGAGUUCUUGACAUCAUUUUGGGAGACUUCUGUAACAGCAGUGUCUGGCAGGGAUACCAGCACACCCACACCCAUUCCUCUUGCAGCUCCAGGCUUUACCAGAUCACAUGGUCGAGAUGUUGCACAGCCUGGGUUUCAUUUAUCAAAUGUUCCAAACCAAACAUCUCCCAGCAUCAUAGUAGAAACCAACAAUGUCAAAGGAACAGAUUUAACUACUCUGGACAGGUGCGAUGAGCUGCCAGUGAACAGGAGUGCUAAGCUGUAUUUUAAUACCAGAAUUGCUUAUUGUCAGCUAUUCUUGUGCCUUCACAGUUUGAUUUUAGCACUCCAGACUGUAACCAUUGUGCUCACUCUGUAUGUAAUGGGUAAAACCAAGCAGCUCUUGCUCUCCAGAAGUACUCCUGCUCAGCCUGUAGUGCUGUUAAAAUUUUUAAGAAAAUAGAGAAUGCCAGCCAAAGAGAGGAUUGGAGGUACUGCUUUGCUUUUGAGCAUCUGAGCAGUUCACACUUGAUUUAAUUAUGGAUUACAGAUCUUCAUAGCAAGAACCAUAAAGACCUCUUCUUUACUGCAUAGUGAAAAUGCACUUCUGCAUGCCUUAGC